CAAGUUCAAGCUGGAGGAAGACUACGAGCUGAAUGAGCCUCUGGCCAAACUAGGCAUGACAGAUGUGUUCUGUGAGCCGAAGGCCGAUUUGUCUGGCAUGAACGGUGAGAGAGGACUCUUCCUGUCUACAGUAGCCCACAAGGCCUUUGUGGAGGUGAACGAGGAGGGGACGGAGGCGGCUGCAGCCACAGCAGGCAUGGUAGCAUUUUGUAUGUUGAGGGAGGAACACUUCACAGCGGACCACCCCUUCCUCUUCUUCAUCAGGCACAAUAAGACCAAGUCCAUCCUCUUCCUCGGCAGGUUCUCGUCUCCUCAGUAGACUGAACCAGCGGAGGAAGAUGUUGGGCCAAUUUAGAUAAAAAUAUGCAAAAUCCUUGAAUUGAAGAUUCUAUGAAUUCAUAAGGGCUGUUUCUUCAGUCGAUAGUUCCAAUAAAGCGUGUUCGCAGUGAGGCCUGUG